AUGGCUCUUCAUGUUACUGCUUUCUCCUUCACUGGAGUUUCUACUUCAAGUAAAGCUUCCAGAAGCUCUUUGCUUUCAGUUUUUCCUGCUCCUAGAAGAUGCACUGUCAAAGCUGCUUCCCAGUAUCCGCCCAGCAUUCCUCGAUGUAAAAUUCAAGGAAGAGCAUUGCCAAGUGACAAUGGGCCACUGGAGAAGGAUGAAUCUUCUCUUGUUGUGUGCUUUGGAGAAAUGCUUAUUGAUUUUGUUCCGACUAUAAGUGGGCUUUCAUUGGCUGAAGCCCCUGCAUUUAAAAAGGCUCCUGGUGGUGCACCAGCUAAUGUUGCUGUUGGAAUUUCCCGUCUUGGUGGUUCAUCAGCUUUCAUUGGCAAGGUUGGUGAAGACGAAUUUGGUUACAUGCUUGCUGAGAUUUUGAAGGAGAACAACGUCAACAGUGAUGGUAUGCGCUUUGAUCCAGGUGCUCGUACUGCUUUAGCAUUUGUAACACUGAGAAAGGAUGGAGAACGUGAAUUUAUGUUCUAUCGUAACCCGAGUGCUGAUAUGUUGCUUCAAGAGGAUGAACUUGAUUUAGAGUUGAUCAGGAAGGCAAAAGUUUUUCAUUAUGGUUCCAUAAGUCUGAUUACAGAGCCAUGCAAAUCAGCCCAUAUUGCAGCUGCAAAAGCUGCGAAGGAUGCUGGUGUGAUCUUAUCCUAUGAUCCCAAUUUGAGGCUUCCAUUGUGGCCAUCUGCAGAAAGUGCUAGAGAAGGAAUCCUUAGCAUAUGGGAUACUGCUGAUAUAAUUAAGAUAAGUGAAGAAGAGAUUUCGUUUUUGACACAAGGAGAAGAUCCUUAUGAUGAUAAUGUUGUUCGUAAGUUGUACCAUCCAAACCUCAAGUUACUCCUCGUCACAGAAGGUCCAGAAGGUUGCCGAUAUUACACCAAGGAUUUCAGUGGACGAGUUAAGGGUAUAAAGGUGGACGCCGUGGACACCACCGGUGCUGGAGAUGCUUUUGUAGCCGGAAUAUUGUCACAGCUAGCAUCUGAUGUCUCGCUGCUUCAGGAUGAGAGCAAGCUUCGAGAUGCCCUUAGUUUUGCUAAUGCUUGUGGUGCAUUGACUGUGAUGGAGAGAGGAGCAAUUCCAGCUUUGCCAACAAGAGAAGUAGUGUUGAACGCCUUGCUCAAGUCAGUUGCAUAA